CAAGAAUCAAGACGCGGGUUGAAAAGUGAGCGUCGUUACAUUGGGCGGCUCGAGGGCGGCUUCCUCAUGUAGUAUUUUCGGCUUUUCACGUGAUGGUCGCGCCUUCCUGAACCACCCAUAAUAACUCAUGCGCGUGUCUCAUUUUCGCUUCCAUCACCAGAAAACACCUGUGAACUUCUCGCUGCAAAUAACCAACACCACGAGAAGGAGAAGAUGCCGCGCCUUCUUGACGAAGUGCAGAUUAACAAUGCACUCCAAUCUGAGGCCUUUCCAGCUCUCGAGCGGCUUGCGGCCAACCCCGACAUGCACGACCGUGCUCUCCGCCGCUUCGAUCGCGAUGAGCCACCGCCGUAUGAAUCCUCAACUGAAGACGAAGAAGAAAAUGCCAUGUUUCACCCGGCAUUGGGCCUCAAUGCCAACACCGUGUUGGACGAUUUCAAGGACCUCAUGGACGCUCCUCUGAGCGAUGACGAACAACGCGAAGUCGCCUAUCGCUUGUACCGCAACGCCCAAGCGUAUGAUCCUGGGGAACGCUACCGUACGGAACAGCGCAUCGAACAAGCGCGUGUGGACUCCUUCGCAUGGUCGUAUCACGCUUCUAGCGACGAGGCGAAGAAAUACCUCGGCCCAGGGCGGGUAGGUCGUGAGCGCAGGAAUAUCAUUGUCCGACGCAACAUCAAACGACGCUGGCAGAAGCUCGGCGUUUGGAAUCCCCAGUGGGGAAUUCCUGACCGGCAGAACAAUCCGCAGCCCAACGAUAACCCAUCCCAAUGGAAGUGGAGGUGGCAGCAUGACAGCCCCGCUAUCGAUUACAAGGAUCCACAGCAUCCCAUCACACGCGCUGUAAGAUUGCGCCAGGGCCUCCGUCGCAACGAGCACAGUCCGGUGCCUCCACGCUCUCGACUGCAGGAGGACGCGCCGGCUUCCCAAGCCGAAUCCUUCAUCAUUUCCCGGCCCUGGUUCAUGUACAGUGUUGAAGCGUGGGAGGAAACGGAAAGAUUCCAUCGCAUCCCCUUUGAAAAGCGCCGGCUUUAUAGGGAGCCCAUGUGGAAGCACGUAAACGAACGGUGGAAGCUGAGGGGCGACUGGAGAGAGGACUGGAAACAUCCGUCUGGUGAGUUUGCCGUCGGGUGGAAGUGGCGGCAUGAGAGUCCAUCCCCGGAGCCCGAAGACUUGACGCCCCUCAACACCAUGGACAUGGAGUUUACGCCCUCCGAGGUGGAUGCGCUCGAAGCCAUCCCGCCUCCGACUCCCCCGCCCGAGCCCCGCCCCUACUAUCCUCGGGGCCAUCCACUUCAUGUCCGAAGAACUGGACUCUUCGCCUCCCCUUCCCCUGAAGCUUCACCGGAACCCUCGAGUCCCAACGAUCCGCCAAAGGCCCCUGAGCCUGCGCAACCUCCAGCGCUACCCCAGCGCCGACGGCAGCGGCGGCGACGGGAUGAGAAUCCGGCCCAACCGCUACGGCGCAGCCCCAGGAUCGCGGCCAUGGAAGCCAACCUCCUCGCACCCCCACCGCAGGAAAGACGAACUGCUCGGCCUGUUCCCGCUCGUCCGCCUGCAGACAAGCCCAAGAGGGGCCGUCCGAGAAAAGCCAAGGAGUCGGCUGUGUCCAAGGCACCGGCACCGGCUCGGCCCAGACAAGGAGCGACGACGGGCCAGAAGCAACCGAGAGGGCGCCCGAGAAAGGAUACAGUUCGGAAGUAAACCUUUGGCGUCUGAUGGGCCAAUGGAGGCAUGGCAGAGAAUGGGGUCUAGAGAGAUUUCAGAAAUGACUUUCCAGUUUUGAAUACAGCUUAGAUCAAUAAACAAUGUUCUCUA